UUGUUACUCGAAUAUGAUGUUUUCAGCAAGGUUAGAACAGAAAACAACUAGUUGAGAACACAUUUGCCAUGAAUUGAAGAACAUCAGUUUCAUUUGUGGGUGGUUUAGUCCGUGAAUGUAUGAUGCAAAGGAUACUCUUGUUUACAAAGGUCGUGGUUGGGCAUGGUUAAUGCAAGAUCAUAGAUUAUUCCCCCAAGCUGGUUAGCAGAAAAUGACAGUAUUAGAAACAGAGGAAGACGCGGAUAAACGUUCAGUUCCCCCUAGAAAGAAAGUUUGCUUGUCUCUUUCUGGUCGUGAGCGUACAGUUUCCACUAGCAUCUCACAGGCUUCUCACACAUCAGCCAGGGAGAGCCUUCUGAACAAAGAAAUUUUUACAUAUUAUAGUACAAGCAAAAUGUUGAAUGGUUAUCGUAAUCAAAUAAAUAAUCAUCAAGACGGAGGAUAUAAUGUGUCAAAUGGUGGUACAGAAGGAUUAAGAAUAGCUACUUUAUGUAAUCUCGGAAAUACAUGUUUCUUGAACAGUGUGAUAUAUACUUUACGAUUUGCACCUUCAUUUUUGCAUAACUUACAUCACUUAGCCACUGACUUGUCUAAUUUAAAUGACAAACAACUUCAAACCAAAAUAAAAUCGUCAUCUCUGGGAAGAACUGGUGUAUCACUUACAUCAAGUGGUAGUCGCAGUUGGAGUAGUAAAGAUUUACUAGCUUUGGCUGGUCCAACUGGGGAUAACAAUAAACACAGAAUACAAGUAGCUACAGAAAAAUUACACGAAUUGUUUAUAGCAUUGCGUGCAUCGGAAACAAGAGAAAACAGUGAGCCAUAUCAGCCAGAUGCAUUUUUGCAAGCACUAAGAGAAGUAAAUCCUAUAUUUGAAGGGAACCAACAACAAGAUGCUCAUGAACUUUUAGUGUGCUUGCUCGAUAACAUUAGAGAGACAUUUCAGCUGUUGCUACGACACAGAGAAAGCCAGUUUGGUCAAAGUAAUGGAUUAUCAGACUUCUCUGCCGAACAUUCAGGAGACAUACAGACAGAAUGUACUAAUUCUAGUAAGAAAAACAUUUGUAAGUCUAGAAAAAAGAAGAAAAUAACCACAAGGGGAAGUUCAUCUUGCCUUGUACAGUCCAAUUUGAAUGGCGUAUCAGUGUCUUCUAGGCCAUAUGAAAAUGGUCACUCUGAGUUUCUAGAAAUUAACAGAGAUAUAAAUGGUCAUAGACCGGAAAGCAAAAAGUGCUUCAUUUCUGAAGAUUUUGAAGGAAUCAGUCUCUUGCGAACUACAUGUCUUGAAUGUGAACACGUAACAGAACGAAAAGAAACAUUCUGCGAUAUCUGUGUGCCUAUUGAUAUUGAUCGGUCAAAUGAAACUGAUGAAGACGUAAGGUCAAUGGAUAGUAGCGAAGUGUACAGACGUGCAGUAGUUACCAGUGAACUUCUUUGGGGUAGAGACAAGUAUUGGUGUGCUCGUUGCCUUCGAUAUAAUGAAGCUCGAAGAGCUGUGUGUUUUCCAUCGUUACCAAGACUCCUCAUAUUGCAAUUGAAACGAUUUUCCACUGCAGCAGGGUCCAUGGAAAAAAUUAAUAAUCAUAUGCCAACGCCAUUGACUUUACAAUGUUUCUGUGAAGAGUGCAACAAUGAUCAGGCACGUGGGACCGGUGGUAGAUCGGAAUCUCGACACGUGUAUAAACUGUAUUCUGUAAUUAUGCAUCAGGGUGCAACCAUGACAGCCGGUCACUAUGUUGCGUACACCCGGUUACCGGAUGAGUCCGCCUUUACAGAGUAUUUCCAGUGUGACAGGGAUAGUAAGGGACAGAGUUCUGGUCAAAGUAGCAGCAACACAAAUACAAAUGCAAAUGCAUCUUCGUCGGAUAAAACGUCAGGCAUAUUUAAAUACUUCAGAAGUAAACCGAGUGCUAGCGAGUCGAAAGAGCAAUUGGUCAGAGUCGGUUGCCGCAGUAUGGAUUGUUGUGGUAUCAGACGUCAUAAAUGUCCUAGUACUUGGCUGGAAUGUGAUGACGAGACAGUACAUGUGAUCCCCUUAAGAGAAUUGGAAGAUAAACUAGCGCCCAAUCCGCGGAAUUCUGCUACUCCUUAUCUCUUGUUCUAUGUGAGGUCCAUGACAUAACUUUUUCCCAAUGUGUAAAGUGUUAGAAGUAAAAGUAUCAGCGGGAUUUGGUUUCCCUACUAACGAUUGCUGUGAUGUUAUACACAUUCCAAGUUAGUCUGAACGUACUCUAUUGGACUGAGAGCGUGUAUAAUUUCCUAGGAAAUAAAUGAUAUAUCACAAUCACAUUUAAAGAUUAGAAUUUGGUAGUUAAGUGAUACGCAAUAAGUUCUUGAAGUUUAGACGGUGAUGCUAUUCACGAUCUCUUACUAUCAAAUACCACCAAAUAUCAAUUUGUAUUUUGAUGAUUAAUGUUAGUUGGGACGUGGAGUAUUUUAUUUUUAAGUUAUCUGUG